UCCUUUGCAAUGAAGUAGAAUGAACCACUGUAAAUGAAACGUUGCAUUGCUGAUGUCUUGGUAUAUUUUUUGUGUGACGUAAUGUUAUGCAUUACGUCAUCAAUUUGUAGAAGAAGCUUUACAGACCAUAUAGGCUAAACCUGUCCUACUGUAUUUGGAUUUUUUGAAAUGGAUCGACCAGAAAUUCGACUUGUUCUUCUCGGUAAAACUGGUAGUGGAAAGAGUGCCACUGGGAAUACAAUUGUAAAUGAAAAAGCAUUUAAGACGGGUUUUGGAGGCAGCUCAGUAACCAAAAAAUGCCAGUCUCAUACUGCCAACAGAUUCGGUAGAGAGGUCCUUGUUGUGGACACACCUGGCGUAUUUGAUACCGAUACGCCGAAUGAUAGCAUUAUGACGGAAUUGAACAAGUGCAUCUUGCUUUCUGCCCCUGGUCCCCAUGCGAUCAUUCUUGUAAUUAAUGUUCGAAACAGAAUCACAGGCGAAGAAAACGAAAACGUUGAAAAGUUUGUCAACCGAUUUGGAGAAAAUAUUUACAGGUAUUUCAUCGUUCUUUUCACUGGGAAAGAUGAUCUUAUCGACGAUGAAAAAAGUGAAGAAGAAUAUCUGAGAGAAGUUCCAGGAAACGUUCAGAAAAUCUUAAACCGUUGCAGAAACAGAUGCAUAUUUUUCAACAACAAAGCAACUGUACAACAGAAAAAUCAACAAGUUAGAUGUUUGCUAGAUAUGAUAGAUGAAAAUGUCUUAGCAAACAGAGGUACAUUCUUUCAGGAUGAAAAUUACAUGAUGGGAGAGAAGGUUAUAAAAAGGAUGAUACAAAAACGCAAGACAACAUAUUACUACAAGGACGCCACAGAAGCAUACCUUCGUAAAACGAUAAGAAAAGAUGUGGAGAAGGAGGAUUCUGAAACAGUGGAAACUUUAUUAAAAUUUGCAGCAGCAGUUGGAGCCAUUUCUCCUCUUGAUGCAUCGAUGUUGAAACUGAAAGUGUCAUGCUAUGAAAUGGAUCAACCAGAGAUUCGACUUGUUCUUCUCGGUAAAACUGGUAGUGGAAAGAGUGCCACUGGGAAUACAAUUGUAAAUGAAAAAGUAUUUAGAACGGGUCUUGGAGGCAGCUCUGUAACAAAAAAGUGCCAAUCUCAUACUGCGAACAGAUUCGGUAGAGAUGUCCUUGUUGUGGACACACCUGGGGCUUUUGAUACUGACGUACAUACUCUGCAUGGUGAUAAAAGCUUUAUGAAAGAACUGAGCAAGUGUAUUUUGAUUUCUGCCCCCGGUCCCCAUGCGAUUAUUCUUGUGAUAAAUGUUCGAAGCAGAUUCACAAUAGAAGAACACGAAACCGUAGAAAAGUUUGUUAGCCGCUUUGGAGAAAAAAUUUACAGGUAUUUCAUAGUUCUUUUUACUGGGAAAGAUGAGCUUAGCAGGAAUGAAACAAGUGAAGAAGAAUACCUGAGCGAAGUUCCAAAAAAUCUUAAGGAAAUCUUAAAGCGUUGCGGAUACAGGUGCAUAUUUUUCAACAACACGGCAACUUUACAAGAGGGAAAUCAACAAGUUAGAUGUUUGCUAGAUAUGAUAGAUAAAAAUGUCGCCGCAAACAGAGGUUCGUUCUUUGAGGAUAAAAUUUUAUACAAGGAGGGAGAGAAGGUUAUGAGCAGGAUGAUACAAAAACGCAAAACAAAAUGUAAUGACAAAGACGUCACAGAGGCAUACCUUCGUAAAACGAUAAGAAAAGACUUGGAGAACGAGGACCCUGAAACAACGCAAAGUUUAUUCUCAAUUGCAGCAUCAAUUGGGGCGAUUAUUCUGUUUGGUGCAUGGGUUUUGAAAUUAUUCAAGUAAAAGGAUAAAACCAUUAAAGUUUAAUUAUUAGUAUCUGAAGGUUGAGGCUUAACUCAAAUAAUUCAUUUUGUUAAAACAACAUGAAUAUAUGUAGAAUUUAUGUUUUUGUUCAUUAAUUAACAGUUGGUUACAAAAGUAAAAUAUUCUUGAACAUGUAAAAUGUUUAAAGGAAAAAUAACAGUAACACUAAAAUGUAGCAAUAGAUUUUUGUUGUUUUGGAGUAAAUGAAGCAAUAUAAAAUCCUGAAAUAUGAUAAAAUCGUAUGUUAUCUCCGGCAUAUUAUCAAUAUUAAAGGAUACUUUCAUUUA